AUGGCCACCCAGCCUUCCGGGACUUGGGAGGGACAUGACUACCCCCAGCCCGGCAUUAUGCCCAUGGUCCAACCUAGUAGUUUCCUCCCAAGUGAAACUUUACCCCAGAAUAACAUGGGGCUACCUACACCAGUCCUCCAAAGCGCCUUUCAUCCUUUCCUCCCCCACCUUCCAGACAUCGACACCCUCGUGUCCCACCUCCCUCCCCAAGACCACUUCUCUCACCAACUUGCUGGCCCCUCUUUAGACAACCUCCAAUCAUCUCGAGAGGCAUCUUCCGAGGGGUUACCUGGCUCUCAAGAGUCCUUUACCUCCACCCAAAGCACGCCUUCUGACCUUUCCCCCUGUCAAUUUAACUUGGAUAAUCUAGAUCCCCUGAGCGGCAAUGCUGUCGGGGAUCAAGAUGUCCCUCCACCGGGUCGGGAUGUGGAUUGGGGCCAAUUAUUCUGUGGUUUAGAUGAGGAAUUGGGUACAAAUGUGAGUCCUGCCGCGGCCGUCGCUCCUGCUGUCGGGUUGAAUUCCGACCAGACCUUCCGUUGUUCGUGCUGUCGCAAGCACCAGCCGGCAAUGAAGUUCUCUCGGGAUGAUGGCGACAUCCCAACCGAGCAGACGCGCUAUAAGGCAUGCGACAAGUGCCGGACACGCACGAGGGCCUUCCAUGAACCAAAGAGGGACCAGAGCAGCGAUGGGUCCCAGUCUGAAAAGCCCUGCAUUAUUUGCAGAGCUCAGCGACCGGUCGAAGACUUUCCCACGAUCUUCGCGGAGAUGCUCCCGCUGUAUCGAGGAAGGUCGACAGCCGGAGGAGCGUCCCCUCAAGCGGCCCAGGUCGGGUUCCAAGGAGAGCAAGUCUUCUUCCUUGCGUGCAUCUCCGACGCCAGCCGUCCAGCCUGGCCACGCAUGCUGCUCUGGCUGCAGCAAGACCCAAGCGGUCGACCGGUUCGCGGACCCACGUCGGGAGGGUCACUUGUUGCGAACUUGCCUUCAGUGUCGUACGCGGAAGAAUACGGCAGAUAG